AUGGAUGUAGGAGUGUCUUCGGCCAAGUCUAUACUCGAGAAGCCUCUGAAGCUACUGACGGAAGAGGACAUUUCUCAGCUCACUCGCGAGGAUUGCCGGAAAUUCCUCAAGGAGAAAGGAAUGCGCAGGCCUUCGUGGAACAAAUCUCAGGCGAUCCAGCAAGUUUUAUCCCUUAAAGCUCUCUUUGAGCCAGGCGACGAUUCCGGCGCCGGAAUCCUACGCAAGAUCCUCGUUUCCCACCCGGGAAAUCCGUCUCGCGUUACAACGACGCCGAUUGAGCCAAGCAACGAGGUCGGAGCUGGUGGCCGGAUUCCAUUUCAGGAAGAUGAGGGCCCUUGCCACAGAAGAGAUUCUCCAAGAUCGGCUGAGUUUUCCGGCGGUUCUUCUGGCCAGUUUGUAGCAGAGAAAGAUAGCUGCAAGACAGUUUCUCCCAGAAGCCCAGCAGAAACAAGUGCUCCAGUUGGGCAAAUGACGAUAUUCUACAGUGGGAAAGUGAAUGUUUAUGAUAAUGUACCACCUGAAAAGGCAAGGUCAAUCAUGCACUUUGCAGCCAACCCAAUUGAUUUGCCUGAAACUGGUAUUUUUCCUUCUAGUAGAAUGGUUUCGAAGCCCAUGACUAAAGAAAAGAUGGUGGAACAUCCCCAUUAUGGCCUUGAAAAGGCAAAUGCUUCUCGUGAUUCUGAUGUGGAGGGUCAGGCUAACAGAAAAGUGUCGUUGCAAAGAUAUCUUGAGAAGCGGAAGGACAGAAGAUUCUCUAAGACCAAAAAGGCACCAGGAGUUGCAUCCUCUGGCUUGGAGAUGUUUCUGAAUCGUCAGCCACGGAUGAACGCUGCUGCAUAUUCACAAAACCUUAGCUUGACAGGAGAUCCACACGAGUCAUCUGAAAAUCAGACAAAAAGUCCCAAUCUCUCAGUUGAUCUAAACAGCGAUCUCAACAGUGAAGACGAAAAGGAAUCAGGGCAUAACGGGGAAGACGACGUGAACAAGAACACAGUCAUGGGUGAAUCGGUGAAGGAUGCAAGAGAAGAGGUGAUUGAGGCAUGGUACAUGGAUGAUAGCGAAGAGGAUCAGAGACUUCCUCACCACAAGGAUCCUAAAGAGUUUAUCUCUUUGGACAAACUUGCAGAGCUUGGAGUCCUCAGCUGGAAACUUGAUGCUGACAACUACGAAACCGACGAGGAAUUGAAAAAGAUACGCGAAGCUCGUGGUUACUCCUACAUGGACUUUUGUGAGGUAUGCCCUGAGAAGCUCCCAAACUACGAAACCAAAGUAAAGAGCUUUUUCGAGGAACAUCUCCACACUGAUGAAGAGAUCCGUUACUGUGUUGCAGGAAGUGGAUACUUUGAUGUUCGUGAUCGCAACGAAGCUUGGAUCAGAGUAUGGGUGAAGAAGGGGGCUAUGAUAGUCUUGCCUGCCGGAAUCUAUCAUCGCUUCACCGUCGAUUCUGAAAACUAUAUCAAGGCACUGCGGCUUUUCGUUGGUGAACCAGUGUGGACACCAUACAAUCGACCACACGACCAUCUUCCUGCAAGGAAAGAGUAUGUCGAUAACUUUGUGAACAAAGCUGUCGACGCCUCUGCUUAG